AUGGAUGGAAGUCUGGAUCCUUUCUCACAAGACUAUGCGGCUUCCCUGGAUGAAACAGAUCCUCUGUCCACAUUCCGAUCCAACUUCUACAUUCCGACUCUAGCAGACUUGAAACGGCAGACACUGAUCAAACCUCCUGAGGAGGAGCCUUCACAGCCUUGUACAUACCUGUGCGGCAACUCCUUGGGCCUGCAGCCUACCAGAACAGCGGACCUCAUCAGUGCUUUCCUGACGCAGUGGCGGACCAGGGCUGUGACGGGACAUUUCACUGAUCUACCGGAUUCGCCACUGCCGCCUUUCUUGGACAUAGACGACCAUGCGGCAAUGCUCAUGGCACCAAUCGUGGGAGCUGUGGAAGCUGAGGUUGCAGUCAUGGGCACUCUGACCGCCAAUCUGCAUUUCCUCAUGUCAAGCUUCUACCGGCCCAGCAGAAAGGGAGAAGGGCGGUGGAAGAUUCUUCUUGAGGGCAAGGCUUUUCCCAGUGAUCAUUAUGCUGUCGAAUCACAAAUCAUUCAUCAUGGUCUGGAUCCGGCAGAGGCUAUGGUUGUGUUAGAGCCAACUGACUCGCAUAUUCCAAUCUUGCCUACGAAGCAAAUCCUAGAGACAAUCGAUAAACAUGCAUCCGAGCUAGCCCUGAUCCUUCUGCCAGGUAUCCAAUUCUAUACUGGGCAAUACUUCGAUAUCCAGACCAUCACUGCCCACGCGCACUCCCACGGUAUUCUCAUCGGCUGGGACCUGGCUCAUGCUGCUGGCAAUGUGGAUGUGAAACUCCAUGACUGGGAUGUCGACUUUGCGGCGUGGUGUACCUAUAAAUAUCUGAACUCAGGACCAGGCGCGAUGGCAGGAAUCUUCGUCAAUGAGAAGUUUGGAAAGGUCGAAAUGGAAGGCUCUACCCCAAAAUUCUGGCCGCGUCUGUCCGGAUGGUGGGGAGAUGAUAAGUCGACCAGGUUUCAGAUGACUAACAAAUUCGUCCCUCGACCAGGGGCUAGAGGGUACCAGCUCUCCAAUCCGAGCGCUCUCGACCUGGCUGCCGUUGUGGCAUCAUUACAAGUGUUCAACGAGACCUCCAUGGGCGAACUGCGGCAGAGGUCUUUGCGUCUGACCACCUAUCUUGAGCAACUUUUGGACGCCAUAACGUUAAGACAUCCAGGUGUCUUCAGCAUCAUCACUCCCAGGGUGCCAGAGGAGCGAGGCGCACAACUCAGCAUUCGCUUGGCGCCGGGACUACUCGAAAAUGUGCUAGAGCAGCUCGAGCACCAAGGCAUUGUCGUUGAUGAAAGAAAACCGGACGUCAUCAGAGUCGCACCAGCACCCCUAUACAACUCCUCCGUGGACGUGUUCCACUUCUGUCAGGUACUGGAAGGAGCCCUGAUCAAGGCAUCAGAGGCGUCGGCGACGUGA